AUGUACAUCAAAUUAAAUGACAUUAAGAGGAAGAUAGGAGGAUUGCAAUACUCAAUAUUGUCCCCACAAGAUGCUAUCAAUUUGGCGGAAGUCAAAAUCUUUAGAGACAAAAAUUAUGAUAAAAUGACUGGGAAGAAUAUUGAACAUGGUCCACUUGAUUUGCGUAUGGGUCAAAGUUUACGAGACACUCAAUGCAGCAGUUGCACGCUAUUGAAUGAAUGUCCUGGACAUUUCGGAUACAUCCCCUUAUAAUUGCCAAUCUAUCACCUCGGCUUUUUCACUCACGUGGUCAAGUGCUUGAAGUGUCUCUGUUAUAAAUGCGGUCAAGUAAGAUUAACCCCUGACGAGAUCAAUCAACUAACCUAAAAGAUGGUACAUUGCAUAUAAACACGAUCCUACAAUGCACAGUUGAAGGUAUUCAAGAAGGUCCUCAAAAAAUGCAGAUCAAACAAACAGUGUCCCCAUUGCUAUUGUGAGCAGAUCGGAGAAGCCAAAAAACUAGCCAAGGGGGAUGCAGGCAAGAUCAUCCUGGACACCAUGGAUAUUAAUGCACUGUAUGCCUGGAAUCAAUUCUCCAACAUCCCUAAACAACAUCAAUUCCUGUUUUGCAUCAACCCUUUCUUAAACGAUUUGUCUGAUCUCCUCACUUCCAUCAUACCCGCUCCACCCAACAACAUAAGACCCAGCAAAAUGCUAAGCAAUACCACCAAGGCAGACGAAGACGAUUUGACGAUGAAGUUGAAAACCAUCCUCUACCACAACGAUCUGUUGCAGAAGUAGAUAAAGGAGGGAAAGGAUGGCAUGUCAAUCCUCAAAACGUAAUUCUUGACUCAAGCACAUUAUUUUCAUUACUUCAAUAGUGAGACACCUCGUUUGCCCCAAUUCUCAAGCAAAGAUGGAAAGGUGGACAUACGUGGCAUCUAUCAGAGACUCAAGGGUAAGAGAGGAAGACUAAGGGGUAAUCUAUCCGGUAAGAGAGCAGAAUUCACUGCACGUUCAGUCAUCUCUCCAGAUCCUAAUUUGGCUAUUGAUUAGGUCACCAUUCCAUAGCAUAUUGCGUGCAUCUUGACAGUACCUGAAACUGUCACCGCCUUGAAUAUUAAGAAGAUGAGAGACUACGUAUAAAAUGGACCCUCCAUCUAUCCAGGAGCCAAAUUCGUUAAAUUGGGAGGAGUCAAUUACAAUUUGUAAUUUGCAAGAAGGGCGCAUUUAGCCUAUAAGUUAAAGAUUGGAGAUGUGGUGGAUAGACACUUGUUAUCAGAGGACAUUGUCAUUUUUAAUCGUUAGCCGUCAUUGCAUAGAAUUUCUAUGAUGGCCUUCAGAGCUAGGGUGGAUAAGUGGCACACUCUUCGAUUCAAUGAAUGUGUGUGUACUCCAUUCAAUGCUGAUUUUGACGGAGACGAAAUGAACAUACAUUUACCAUAAACCUACGAAGCAAGAUCAGAAGCAUUAAUUUUGAUGGAUGUCAAGAAGAAUCUCAAAACUAUUAAAAGUGGUGAAUCGCUCGUUUGUUUACUGUAAGAUUUUCUUACCACUGCCUGGUUGAUAACAAAUAAGGAUGUCUUUUAUUCCAGAGAAUAAUUUAUGUAAUUUUGUGCGGCCUUCUCUGAUUCCAAUGAACAAAUAGAUUUGCCAGCCCCAACGAUACUAAAACCAAAAUAAUUAUGGACAGGAAAAUAAGUAAUCAAUGCAUUACUUGUACCUAACAGAAAGACUAGACUAGUGUUGAAUUUAGAAGCAAAAGAAAGUAACGCAUUUAAAGGAAAGUUGGACUAUUUGUGGAUGGACCCUGGUGAUGGCUAUGUCGUAUUUGAUAAAUGCGAAUUGGUUUGUGGAAAUAUAGGUAAGAAAGUGCUGGGAGCAUCGAAAUUAGGGUUGUUCUACGCACUCAUAAGAGAUAAUUCUACUUAGAUAGCAGCAUCAGUAAUGCAGAGAUUCGCAAAAUUGUCUUCCAGAUGGAUAUCGCAUUAUGGAAUGACUAUUGGAAUUGGUGAUGUGAUGGCACCCAAAUCUUUAAUUGAAUAGAUCCAUUAGAGCACUGAAUAGAGUUACUUGCAAUGCAAACACUAUUAACGAAGUCUAAUUGAUGCUGAUCCUGGGUUGACAGUUGAGUAGACCUUGGAAGCUAAGGUGAAUAAGACUCUAUCAGAUGUGAGAGAGUAAGUGGGUUCAAAGUGCCAGGAGUAAUUGAAGAGUGAUAAUAAGGUGUUGAUUAUGUAUCUGUGUGGUGCCAAGGGUAGUAAUGUCAAUGUGGCCCAGAUGAUUGGUUGUGUUGGACAAUAAGUCAUAUCAGGAAAGAGAGUCCCAGAAGGAUUCACAGGAAGGACACUCCCACACUUCAAAGAUUACAUCUUGCACCCGAAAGCCAAAGGGUUUGUCAAGAAUAGUUUUUAUACGGGAAUGGAUGCAAUUGAGUUCUAUUUCCAUAAUAUGGCUGGAAGAGAAGGGUUGACAGAUACCGCAGUCAAGACAGCCACUACUGGAUAUAUGCAACGUAGGCUGGUUAAGAUGCUUGAAGAUUUACAUAUUGCUUAUGAUCUUACAGUUCGAUCUUGUGACACCAAAGAGAUAGUUCAAUUUAGGUAUGGAGAAGAUGGAUUGGAUCCUCUGGCAGUAGAAGAUGCAAAUGAGGUUAUCAAGCUAUAGAACCUUUUGACUAAUUCAUUUACUGUCCUCAGGAAGAAUCAAAUAUUGUUGAAUAAAGAACACAUGCUGAUCAAAUUGGAUGAACUAUUUAUGAUAAUUGAGGAGAGACACAAGAAAUUCUUGGAAAACUAUGAAGCCACUUACGAGAAAGAGAAGAAGAGAGUCUAGGCAUUGUUUAAGAGUACCAACCAAUAGGUUUCUGAAAAAUAAUUGUAAUGGUUCAUCAGAAGUUGGAUGGAAAGAUUCUUAACCAUGGUUAUGGCACCUGGUACUAGUGUGGGACCCAUCACAUCUCAAUCCAUUGGUGAACCUGCUACUCAAAUGACUUUGAAGACUUUCCACUCUGCUGGUGUUGCAGGAAUGUCCAUCACUUAGGGUGUUCCUCGUCUAAAUGAAAUCAUCAAUGCAAGUAAGGAAAUCAAAACACCCUAAAUUAAUGUGAAAUUGAUCAAUCGCCAGGUCAUGGAUCAUGCCAAGUAGUUCGCCAAGUCUGGGGAUCCUCAAUAUGAGUAUGCUCAUCGUGCAGUCAUCCAUUCUGCUUAGUAAGCCUAAGAUGUCAACAUACAAAUAGAGUAAACCAAAUUGAUGUAAAUACUGAAGAAGAUGGAUGAAAUCUACACAGCAGAUAAUUGCUAUAUAGAAUUAGAAUUAGAUUGUCAUUGUCUAGCUAGAUUGAAACUAGAAUUUGUGACUCCCAAAUACGUGUGUGCUCUGAUUUUAAAAGAGUUGAAAUUGUCACCUGAUGAUGUCAAAUAUGAUCUCAAAAUUAUUAGAAUUACAGUUAAAAAGAGUUCUAAGAAGAAACAAUCAGAAAACCUGCUGUUUUUGAUCAAAGAGCUAUAACGAAAACUAUUGAGGUUGCACAUUUAUGGUUGUGCAAAUAUCAAGUAAACUGUUAUCUAGGUUACAGAUAAGGAUGAUAAGGAGAAUGUCAAGGGAGAAGCCAGGUUGUUUGCAUCUGGUAUUGGAUUCAAAGAAAUUCUACGAUUGGACAACAUUGAUUGGAAACGAACAGUCAGUAAUCACAUCAUGGAAAUUCAAAGUGCUCUUGGAAUUGAAGCUGCCAGAUAGAGUAUUGUCAAUGAAGUGUACACUACCAUGUAAAGUCACAGCAUUUCCAUUGAUAUAAGACACAUCCUAUUGUUAGCAGAAUUGAUGACAUUCAAAGGAAGAAUCCUUGGGUUCACCAGACAAGGAAUAGAUUAACUAAAGAAUUCAGCCUUGAUGCUUGCUUCCUUUGAAAAAACAAUGGACGUCUUUUUUAAUGCUGCCAUCCAAGGGAAGUAAGAUUCGAUGAAUGGUGCAUCUCAACGAGUAAUCAUUGGAUAGAAUGUGCCUCAAGGAACAGGAAUGUUUGAUCUGAUGUUCCCUGUUAAAGAAAAUACAAUCUUGGAGAGCACAAUCAAUCAAUAGAAGUUUUUGUUUGCUUCUAAAUGA